CAAGUCAUUUAAAUAAUUCGGAAUUCGAAAUCACCAGCCAGUUACGUAAGUAUCGUUAUCGCAACGGAAAUGUUUACUUGUAGCACACUUGCUUUCUGUAAUGCGACCGAGAUGACGUCAGCGUGGCUGAUAUUCGCUGAGUUUCCGGGACAGCUGGCCGCGGACGUCGACGCCGAUAGCUUAUCAGGGCUCAAACCGAGCCGCAGCCCUACGGCUCACGCCUUUUUCUCCGGCUCGGCGGUAGGCGGGGAAAGGGGCAGGAAGCCGCAGGACAUCCGACACGUACAGGAAGCAAAACCAGUUCUUGAGGCUUUGUCCCUCAACAACCUCCCGGUCCCCAGGCCUCUCCCGCCCCGCCUGUUCGACCACAUUCCUUUAGAGCCUCCGUGCGCGAGCGCACCCUUUCAUCAAACAUCACACUGAUAACUAAUAACAAUGUUUACGCACAAUGACACACAGGCAGAAACUAAAGGCUAUUUUAUUUCAACUGUUAUAUUAAAUUAUGACUUUUAAUAUAAUAAUAUUUUUAUAAUUUACCUAUAAUUAGUUGCUCACUAUUUAACACAUUUUCCGGCUAAAAUUGAUUCCACUUGUAAAACAGAAUACCGGUUGUACCAUAAAUAUUUAAAACUAACGUCAUAUCUGCUUAAAUGAUUCGCACAAUUUAUUUAUACUUAUGCAAAUAAGGUGAUUUACAACAAGAUUCACGUGUCGUAAUAGUAUCUAUCAUAAUAAUUUUUCAACUGCCA